UGCAGCCUACAGAGAGAAGACGCAAUCGUGGUUCAACUUAGGAUUCCCAAAUGCGGCAGUCACAGGGAACUGAUCUGGGCACGCAGCAGGGAGAGAAGUUAGCCCGCUUCUUUGGCUACUUGGCUAAAUGCUGAGCAAAGCCAUCAGGGCAAAGAAUAGGGCUGGACCCCGCACACUGGGCGCUGAUCACACCCUCCUUGGCUAAGUCACCUUCAGUCUAAGGGCAUGCAAGCGACUGCCGAAUGGAGCGACCCCAUCGCCUGCCACUGACACCAGCGACUUCGUUGCAGCGGAGCUGUCUUCCAUUCUGCGCCCGAGCUGCUCCGCUUCAUGACUGCCGGUAUCUGCUGCUGUGAGCGACAUGAUCAGCUGCCAAGUCCGGACUGUCCGUUCCCUGCUGCUCUUGGCUGUGUUAGAUUUGGGGUCUCUGACUGUUGUGACAAUGCAGAAGGCUGGUGGGGGUAAGGCUUGGAGGGUCUCUCCUCAUUCCCCCGCUAUUCAGCCUCCUGUUACAGAGGGAACGGAGUGGGAAACGGCUGAGCCACCGACCCCUGGGGCCAAUACAUCAGGCCAUGAUGGCCAGGGGCAGGAGCAAGUGCCCUCCGACAUUAUCUGCCCCUAUAAAGUGAUCACAGAGGGACCGGCAAAGUCCAGCAACAUUUGCUUCAGGACCACGGACAGCUCCUUCCAUUGCGCUCAAAGUAACUGCAAAGUGUUCAGGUCGGACGGCUCGUUGUUGGCCAAUGUGCUGAGCAACAGCAGCGUCCUACUGCAAUGGCGCCCCCCACAGCCCCAGCCUCUCUCUCUCAGGGGCUUUCUCAUCAACUGCUCCUGGAAUGGGACCUUCACUCGCUUCCAGUGCGAUAGUGUCCAUCUUGGCACCAACUGCAGAGAUUACCUCCUCACCAAUGUGCAUGACAAUGUCAAGUACAGGAUCUGCCUGAAAACGCUUUAUACAAACAGGACGUCUGGGGAAGAAUGUGUAGAAUUCACUGUGGAACCAGUGGGGAUGCAGGAUAUUGUCAUUGCAAUGACGGCAGUGGGGGGUUCUAUCUGUGUGAUGCUGGUCAUCAUAUGUCUGUUAGUGGCCUACAUCACAGAAAACCUUAUGCACCCUGCCUUUACUCACCCCUCUGGCAAAAGAGGGCCCUAACAGACCAAAAUGCUGCUAUUUUAGUACAUGUUAAUGUGUUUCUUGAACAGUGACUUUUGUAAGAUUCCCAGCCUGCAGGCCUUCUGCUCUUGAAAUACAACUCAUAUGAUUUACUGAGGCUCCGGGAGUUCUGAGAGUUCUAGUUUCAACAGCUGGAGGGUUGCAGGUUUGACAUUGCAUAUCUUUGUGUGAAAACACAUGAAAGUUGUUGAUGAUGUUUCUCUAGAUAACUUAGUGCUCAUUUAGUAGCAAAGUGUUCAAGUGCAUUAACCUAAAUGCUAGUUUAUCCCAAGGAAGGCCCAAAAAAAAAAAGCUUCUAAAAUUUGCUAAAAAGAGGGAAAAAAUUCCUUCCAGACUCCUAAGAGGGCAAUCGGACAAGUAACCCUGCAGGACCAGUAACCCUGCAUUUACAGAUAUUAACUCCCUUAGAGAAAGAGAGAGUCACAACAAGCCCAGCUCCUGGACUAGCCUAAUCAAAAUCAAACUGCUUAUUGGUGGUUAAGGUGUAGAACCCAUAUGCACUUUUGUUAAUGAAUGAGCCUAUAUGUGUUUUAUGUGAAGUGCAAGAGAUUCUGAAGCCAGUCAUCUGUUUUUGAUCUACAGUUUCCAAUGGGCCCUUGCACACAGGCAUUCUUUUCAACAUUUUAGCAUUAAAUAAUUAUAUAGAUGCAACAUGCUGCAUUCUUAUGAACAUACUAAACAUAUAUUAAAAUAGGAAAAUGGAUGCUAGACUAAUAAAAGCACACUUAUGUUAAAAAUGGCAUAUGUGUGCAUUUUGAUGUGUUCAGUAUGUAUUUCAACAGAAACAAAUUCAAAAGCCUGUUUGUAAGGGCCCUAUGCCUGUCGUGGGGUCCUGAGGUGUGAUAGUUGUUGUUUAGCAGUAGCUGGAUGGACUCCCUUAUCUACUAUUGUUUUAUAUCAGGUGAGAGUUUGUCAUUUUUCUGUAGAUUUUGUCCUAAAAGUGAAGUCAGAUGAGGCAACUGUACCCCUUUGGGGCCUGUAUCUCUGUGCAGGUUAAAGGCAAAGAAAUACUGUAAUAACUGUCAACCGUACAAAAUCAGCAAGCCAUCGCACAACAUUUCUAGCUGUGUGUGAGGAGCCGUGCAUUUUAAGCAUUAUCAGAUUCCCUGUGGAAGUGCAGAAAACACAUACAGCAAAUCUGCUGCACAUUUUAAUUAAAUGCAAUUAUAUACACUGGUAAA